GCCGGCGGCACAGGAGACCGGACGUGGCGUGAGGCGGCAGCGGGGAGGAGAGAAGGAGCAGUGCGGCGCGGCGCGGGGCACGUCUGUCCGCUGGGGCCCCACACGAGCCGGGCAGCGCAGUUCCCGGAGGCGGCGGGAGGAGUGCCCAGGCCGUUGUCCGCGCCCCCGCGCGUCCCGCGCUGGAGUCCCGCAGCGAUGAGAGUGCAGGUCAAGUCCCAGAAAUCCUGGAUUGAAGGAGUGUUUGACAAGAGAGAAUGUAACAAAAUCAUACCGAGCUCAAAAGACCCUCACAGAUGUACUGCAGGAUGCCAGGUCUGCCAGAAUUUAAUCAGGUGUUGCUGUGGGAAAUUGAUUGGAGACCAUGAUGGGAUAGAUUAUGCCUGGAACUUCUCAGCUGCCAGCAAUAAUGAAAAUGAAGAAUGGUCCGUUGAAAAGCACACAACAAAAAGCCCUACAGAUACUUUUGGCACUAUUAAUUUUCAAGAUGGAGAGCAUAUCCACCACUCCAAGUAUAUUAGAACUUCCUAUGAUACAAAGUUGGAUCAUCUGUUACAUUUAAUGUUGAAAGAAUGGAAGAUGGAACUACCAAAGCUGGUGAUCUCUGUUCAUGGGGGCAUCCAGAACUUCAAAAUGCCCUCCAAACUUAAAGAGAUCUUCAGCCAAGGUUUGGUCAAAGCUGCGGAGACAACGGGAGCGUGGAUAAUAACCGAAGGCAUUAAUACUGGAGUGUCCAAACAUGUUGGGGAUGCCCUGAAAGCCCAUUCUUCCCACUCCUUGAGAAAAAUCUGGACAGUUGGAAUCCCUCCUUGGGGAGUCAUUGAGAAUCAAAGAGAUCUCAUUGGAAAAGAUGUGGUGUGCCUGUACCAGACUCUGGGCAACCCCCUCAGCAAGCUCACCACACUCAACAGCAUGCACUCCCACUUCAUCCUGUCCGAUGACGGGACCGUGGGCAAGUAUGGAAAUGAGAUGAAGCUCAGGAGGAACCUGGAAAAGUACCUCUCUCUGCAGAAAAUACAUAGCUGCUCAAGACAAGGUGUGCCUGUGGUUGGGCUGGUGGUAGAAGGUGGCCCCAAUGUCAUCCUUGCGGUGUGGGAGACUGUGAAAGACAAAGAUCCUGUGGUGGUGUGUGAAGGCACAGGCAGAGCUGCUGACCUCCUGGCCUUCACCCACAAACACUUAGCAGAUGAAGGGACCCUACGUCCUCAGGUGAAGGAGGAGAUUAUCUGCAUGAUUCAGAACACUUUCAACUUUAGUCUUAAACAGUCCAAACACCUUUUCCAAAUUCUAAUGGAGUGUAUGGUGCACAGAGAUUCUAUUACCAUAUUUGAUCCUGAUUCUGAGGAGUCGCAAGACCUUGAUUUAGCAAUCCUAACAGCUCUGCUAAAGGGCACAAAUUUAUCAGCAUCAGAACAAUUAAAUCUGGCAAUGGCUUGGGACAGAGUGGACAUUGCCAAGAAACAUAUCCUAAUUUAUGGACAACAUUGGAAGCCUGGCUCCCUGGAACAAGCAAUGUUAGAUGCUUUAGUGAUGGAUCGGGUAGAUUUUGUGAAGCUCUUAAUAGAAUAUGGAGUGAACCUCCAUCGCUUUCUUACCAUCCCCCGACUGGAAGAGCUCUAUAAUACAAAACAAGGACCUACUAAUAUGCUCUUGCAUCAUCUUGUUCAAGAUGUAAAGCAGCAUGCCCUUCUCUCAGACUAUAAGAUAACACUGGUUGACAUUGGAUUGGUAAUAGAGUACCUCAUUGGUGGAGCGUACCGCAGCAGCUACACUAGGAAAAAUUUCAGAACCCUCUACAACAACCUCUACAGGAAACAUAAGAGAGUGACCAGCAUUGCUCAAAGCCUAUCCCAGCCCCCUCUUCACUGGAGACGCCCCUCAGGAAUCAGAAAUGAAACUGCAGAAAGCACACUACAUUCUCAGUUCAUUAGAACUGCCCAGCCUUACAAAUUCAAGGAAAAGUCUAUAGUCCUUCCUAAAUCAAGGAAGAAGUCAAAAGGACCAAAUAUAUUAGAUGACCCUGAAAUUGAAGGCUUUGUUUACCCUUACAAUGACCUGCUGGUUUGGGCUGUGCUAAUGAAAAGGCAGAAGAUGGCCAUGUUCUUCUGGCAGCACGGAGAGGAAGCCACGGUUAAGGCAGUGAUUGCUUGUAUUCUCUACCGAGCCAUGGCCCAUGAAGCUAAGGAGAGCAACAUGGUGGAUGAUGCCUCAGAAGAGUUGAAAAAUUACUCAAAACAGUUUGGCCAGCUUGCCCUGGAUGUGUUGGAGAAGGCCUUUAAGCAGAAUGAGAGAAUGGCCAUGAAACUAUUGACCUAUGAACUCAAGAACUGGAGCAAUUCAACCUGUUUGAAACUGGCCGUGUCUGGAGGAUUGCGGCCCUUUGUUUCGCAUACUUGUACCCAAAUGCUACUGACUGACAUGUGGGUGGGGUGCCUGAAAAUGAGGAAAAACUCUUGGUUAAAGAUCAUCGUAAGUAUUCUUUUACCACCCACAAUUUUGACAUUGGAAUUUAAAAGCAAAGCAGAGAUGUCACAUGUUCCCCAGUCCCAGGACUUCCAGUUUACGUGGUAUAAUGGUGACCAGAACCCCAGCAGUGCCAAAGAAAGUGCUGUUAUGAAAGAUUGUGAUUUAGAAAGGGGCCCUGAUGAGAAACUGGAUGAAAAUCAGCACUUUGAUUUAAAGAGUGGUCCCCAGAGCCUUCCAUGGACCAGGAAAAUCUAUGAGUUCUACAGUGCUCCAAUUGUCAAGUUUUGGUUUUAUACGAUGGCGUAUGUCGCGUUCCUCAUGCUGUUCACUUACACAGUGUUGGUGGAGAUGCAGCCCCAGCCCAGCGUGCAGGAGUGGCUUGUCAUCAUUUACAUCUUCACCAAUGCCGUUGAGAAAGUCAGGGAGGUCUGUAUUUCAGAACCUGGGAAGUUUACUCAAAAGGUGAAGGUAUGGAUUAGUGAGUACUGGAACCUAAUGGAGACUGUGGCUAUUGGCCUGUUUUCAGUUGGUUUUGGCCUUCGGUGGGGUAACCCUCCUUUCCACACGGCGGGAAGACUAAUCUACUGCAUAGACAUCAUAUUCUGGUUCUCACGGCUCUUGGACUUCUUUGCUGUGAAUCAACAUGCAGGUCCAUAUGUGACCAUGAUUGCAAAAAUGACAGCAAACAUGUUCUACAUUGUGAUCAUGAUGGCCAUAGUCCUGCUGAGCUUUGGAGUGGCACGCAAGGCCAUCCUUUCGCCACAGGAGCCCCCAUCUUGGAGCCUUGCUCGAGAUAUUGUGUUUGAGCCAUACUGGAUGAUAUAUGGAGAAGUCUACGCUUCAGAGAUAGACGUUUGUUCAAGUGACCCAUCUUGCCCUCCUGGAUCUUUUCUUACUCCGUUCCUCCAAGCUGUCUACCUCUUUGUGCAAUAUAUCAUCAUGGUGAACCUGUUGAUUGCUUUCUUCAAUAAUGUUUACCUAGAUAUGAAAUCCAUUUCAAAUAAACUGUGGAAAUACAAUCGCUAUCGCUACAUCAUGACCUACCACGAGAAGCCUUGGCUGCCCCCACCUUUCAUCCUGCUGAGUCACGUGGGUCUCCUCCUUCGCCGUCUUUGCUGUCAUCAAGCUCCAAAUGACCAAGAAGAGGGAGAUGUUGGAUUAAAACUCUACCUGAGUAAGGAGGAUCUAAAAAAACUUUACGAUUUUGAAGAACAGUGUGUGGAAAAAUACUUCCAUGAGAAGAUGGAAGGCCUGAAUUGUAGUUGUGAAGAACAAAUCCGAGUGACAUCAGAGAGGGUUACAGAGAUGUACUUCCAACUGAAAGAAAUGAAUGAAAAGGUGUCUUUUAUAAAGGACUCCUUACUAUCUUUGGACAGCCAGGUGGGACACCUGCAGGACCUCUCUGCCCUGACAGUGGACACCCUAAAAGUCCUUUCUGCUGUUGACACCUUACAAGAGGAUGAGGCUCUCCUGACCAACAGAAAGCAUUCUACUUGCAGAAAACUUUCCCACAGCUGGAACAAUGUCAUCUGUGCAGACGUUCUAGGCAACAUGGAGAUGUGUGGGGAGAAGAAAUGCCAGUAUUAUAGCAUGCCCACUUCUUUGCUGCAGAGCCGGGCCAGAGGCUGGCAUUCCCCAAGAGUGCGGAGCAGGCCCCUUCUUGAGAGUAUAGACAGGCAGAGAGAGACUUCAAACGUAAGAGAUGACCAGGAGGAGCAAGAAACAGAAAAUAAAAUAGUUGCUUCUGGGGUUAACAGGCAACGACGUCGAAAGUAUGGCCAGUUUCUCCUGGUCCCUUCUUAUCUAAAGCAAGUUCCUUUUUCAGCAGAAACUGACUUGCCCCUGUCCAGACAAUCUGGGAAAGCAGGUACAGAUGCACUGGCAACUGAACAGGUUACCCAGAGUGAGGUCCCUGUUCAUCUGACUUGGCAGACCCCAGUUGUCUCAGCCCAGGACUCGGUGGCUGAACCCAAGGAGCCAUACGAGCCAGUUGCUCAGAUACCAGCCAGACAAGACAGGGGAGAACAAGUUAUACCCACUUUGGUUUGCACACCUGCACCCAUGAAAGUGACCUCCCUCCCUUCUCAAGCUGAGAGCAUGCGAACUGGAGGUGGAUAUGUGAACCUGGCAUUUUCGGAAGGUGAUGAAACUGGUGUGCUUAGCAUUGAGAAAAAAUGGCAAACCUGCUUGGCCUCCACUUCUAACAGUGACUGCAAUCAGAGGGGACAAGGCCAGAGGCAGGUCCGGGGCAGAUCCCUGUCUGAUGACUCAACAAGAUCGGCCCAGAGUAGUGAUUGCUCAGAGGUGGGACCAUGGCUUCAGCCAGACACGUCCUUUUGGAUCAAUCCUCUCCACAGAGACAGGCCCUUCAAUAGGAGUCAUAGUCUGAGAUCCCACAAGGAGGAGAAAUUGAAGCUCUAUAAGAUUAAAAAGCUUUCAAGAUCCUCAGAGAUAGGGCAGUCGGCAUGGAUCAAAGCAAAAAUGCUAACCAAGGAUAGGAGAUUGUCGAAGAAAAAGAAGAAAACAAAAGGACUACAGGUGCCAGUCAUCACAGUCAAUACCUGCUCUCCAAGUGACCAACUGAAUUCAGAGCCAGGAGAAAAUAACAUCUCAGAAGAAGAGGAGAGGAGCAAGAACUGGCUCACAGUGUCCAAAUUUAGUCAGACAAGUCUAAAGCCUUACAUAUAUCAGAAAAUGAAAACUAAAGAAAUUGAACGGCAUGCUAUACUAGUCAGUGAUUAUCUAAAGCAAUCUGAAGAGGAUCUGAGCAAAAACUCUUUGUGGAAUUCCAGGCGCACCAACCUCGAUAGGAACUCCCUGUUGAGAAGUUCCAAUGGAGCUGACAAAAUCUCAGCCUCCUUAAAAAGCCCUGAAGAGCCUCACCAUCAUUAUUCAGCCAUUGAAAGGAACAAUUUAAUGAGGCUUUCUCAGACCAUACCAUUUACACCAAUCCAAAUGUUUGCAGGAGAAGAAGUAACUGUCUACAGGCUGGAGGAGAGUUCCCCUUUGAAUCUCGAUAAAAGCAUGUCUUCUUGGUCCCAGCAAGGGAGAGCUGCAAUGAUCCAAGUGUUGUCCAGAGAGGAGAUGGGUGGUGGCCUCCGCAGAGCCAUGAGAGUCAUAAGUACCUGGUCUGAGGAUGAUGUUCUCAAGCCAGGGCAGGUUUUCAUUGUGAAGUCCUUUCUUCCUGAGGUUGUGCAGACUUGGCACAACAUCUUCCAGGAGAGUACUGUGCUUCAUCUUUGCCUCAGGGAAAUUCAACAACAAAGAGCUGCUCAAAAACUGAUCUAUACCUUCAACCAAGUGAAACCACAAACCAUUCCCUACGCACCAAGGUUCCUGGAAGUUUUCUUAAUCUACUGCCAUUCAGCCAACCAAUGGUUGACCAUUGAGAAGUAUAUGACAGGGGAGUUCCGGAAGUAUAACAACAACAACGGGGAUGAAAUUGCCCCCAGCAACACCUUGGAGGAACUGAUGUUGGCUUUCUCUCACUGGACCUAUGAGUAUACUCGGGGAGAGCUCCUCGUUUUAGAUUUGCAAGGUGUUGGAGAAAAUUUGACAGAUCCAUCUGUUAUAAAACCUGAAGACAAACAAUCAAGAGGAAUGGUGUUUGGACCAGCCAAUUUAGGGGAAGAUGCAAUUAGAAACUUCAUUGCAAAACAUCGUUGCAACUCUUGCUGCCGGAAGCUCAAACUGCCGGAUUUAACAAGGAAUGACUAUUCCCCCGGAAGGAUAAAUUCCACCUUUGGACUUGAAAUCAAAGUAGAACCAGCUGAGGGGCCUCCAGCAAGGAAAAAGGAUAGUAAUUCUUCAGAAGACCUCACACGAUUGUAAAAAGAGUGAAGAUGAACCCUUGCCCUCCCUUCCAUGAACUCUAUGGUAACAUAGAUUUAUUGAUGUAACAUUGAUUAUGUCAGAGCUCUGUCAGGGUGGCCUUGCCCCAUGGGCCUCCUUGGGACACGCCUUCUGAGCCGCGUGUGUCCCCCUGCCGGAAAACCUCGUUGGUAUAUGAUGAAAGGGUUCUCCUAGAUAUUCGCCUGUGUGGAGGGUGCUUUGCAUGUGUUUGUCAUCCUCAAGUCCCCCAGGGAGACACUCGGACAAGUCAGCUGGGAAUACUGCUCCUUCAUACCUCAUUGCUUUAGUUGGUCACUUAGAGCAGACCAAACCCUUGGAGCAGAACGCCGGGCACUAAAGAACCAGGGAGAUGAUUUAAUUUAUUUUCUCACUAUGUGUGCGGACUCUAACAUCCACUGGUAUUCAUCACCUCACCCACAUAUUAUAUUUAUGUAUAUAUGUACAUAAAAAGGUUAUUUGACUUCCUCCUCUGUCCUUUCCCACAGCAUAGGGCUUUGAAUAGCAAUAAUAAGGAAAACAAUGUGAUGAGGGUGUAUUUGCACAGAUUGGAGCACACUCCUGCACAAACGAACCAGUAAAAAGUUGGUAUCCUGGAGAAAUCUAGAUAGGUUUAAGGUAUUGUCAGUGAAUCAUAUGAUGCCUGGGUAUUUCAGGUUUUUCAGAAAGAAAGGAAAGGGGUGGUCUAAAACAAUAGCCCUUAUAUCUUUUUCUUUUUGAGGGGAACAAGGAUAUGCAAUAGAAAUUGUUAAGAAAUAUUUUCCCUUCCUGUAAACUCAGGGGUACUGUCAAUUAGAGAGUUGACUAAGCCAACCUCUAAAACAUUUCUCCCUUUUCCAAAGCUGUGUGUAUAAUAUUACAGACCAAGUUACUCUAUGUCAGGUCCUAUGGGGAAAGAUGGGGUUUCUGACCGAAAACGUGCUUUAAAGGUGUUUGCUUUGUUCCAGUGCAGAGUUCUGGAGGCUUAAAGAGCAUCGUAGGGUGUACCUGAGAACAUGUAAUCAGUUUCAGAGGCCUGAAGGAAGGACCCCCAGAAGCUACACUGAGCAGCACAUUUUGGGGGUCAGUCACUCCUCUUUUAUAGUCAUUGGAGUUGCCCUACCUCAAACAAGCACCAGCUUUUCUCACAGGGAAGAGAUGGAGGGCUAGGAAUCCUCUCCCUUCUCCCCCUGCAUCUCCUUUCCUUCUUAUAAAGGGUUCCAAUCUACCAGCAAUAAAAUUCCUGGGUUUGAAGACAUUCCAACUUAUCUUUCUCCCUUACAUUAGCUGGCUUGCUGGGGUUUUUUUCCCCCCUGAGGAAGAUUUGCCCUGACCUAACAUCUGCUGCCAAUCUUCCUCGGUUUGC